GACCUUUUUGCCCUCCAGAAACCAGGAAGGGAAUUGAGUUGAUCUGCUGGUGCUUGGUUAGCGCAUACAGAGCUUUAAACGGCAGGGACAGCUAAGAGAGAGAGAGCUCCACAGAGAAGGGAAGAGCUAACCCAUAACAAGCACCGCCACGGCCAUCACAGACAGGCAGACGGACAGACGGCAGGACGGACGGACGGGUGGCGGCUGCGAUUGGCGGCUCGGCGGCAGGCUGGUGGAAAAUGUCGUCGGGAGCAGGUGGGCGGGGAAGACGUGAGGGGAGGGCCUGUGGGGGUGCAGGCGAGGUAGAGGAAGGACCAGUGGGCAUCCCCUUCCCCGAGCACAGUGCUGAUCUGCUGGGCAAUCUCAACCGGCAACGGCUAAGCGGGAUGCUGUGUGAUGUACUGCUAGUUGCCCAAGAGAGAGAAUUCCCUGCCCACCGCUCCGUGUUGGCCUCCUGCAGUACCUACUUCCAUAAGCUUUUCACCUCUGGCCUGGCUGCUGACCGCCAGAAAGUCUAUGCGCUGGACUUUGUGCGGCCUGAGGCGCUGGCCGCCCUCUUGGACUUUGCAUACACAGCCACACUCACAGUCAGCCGCAACAGUGUGGUCGACAUCCUAAGCGCUGCCCGUGUGCUGGAGAUCUCACCCGUCCAAGAUGUCUGCACACACCUGCUGGACACCAAAGUGCUCUCCCCGCCGGCGGGCAGUGAGCAAGAUGAAGAAGAGGAAAAAGAGGAGCGAGGAAAGAAUGGAAAAGAGCAGGGCAUCCGGCUGCGUGCCCGUGAGUACUUGGAGUUCUUCCAGAGGGGGGCGCAUUGGGGUAGCAGCUGCAGCACGCCCGAGCUCAGGGACCUUCCAGCACACCUGCACUUUAGCCAACGCAAUGGCGCUGACAGCAAUGGCACGCCCAUCGGCCUUGCUGACUACUACUCCCCACUGGCCCAGGCCCUAUCACAACAGCCUCGUGACCCUGAAGAUGAUAACGUGGAUGAGGAGUGCCAGGAUGUAGCUUCAGCUCUGGCUCGAGGGAAAGGUGCAGAGGCUCUGAUACCCUUUUAUGCUCCCACUCAGAAUGGACAUUACUACCUCCAUCAGGAAGAGCUUAAAUCAGAGAGGGAGGUGACAGGUGAGCGGGAGCACGAACAAGGCCCUGCUAGUGCUUUGCUACAACAGAUGAUGGACUCCUUGGAGCAGAAAAGGGAACAGGCCACGACAGGUGGAGGGGGUGAGGAGGAUGGGCCUGAGGGCGAAGAGCAAGACGUGGAAUUUUACUUGAAGUACUUUAAUAGUGCACCGCAUGAGGAGGCCACCACUCCCUCCAUGUCUCCAAGUCUGCUACCACUGUGGUCAGUGAGGGGCAACGGAGGUGGAAACCAAGCGACUGGAGGGGGUAACAGCGGUGAAAGGAAGAUGCGCUCUAAAGCCUUCCAGAAGUGCCCCAUCUGUUCCAAGGUCAUCCAAGGUGCAGGCAAGCUUCCACGCCACAUUCGUACACAUACAGGAGAAAAGCCCUAUGAAUGCACCAUCUGCAAAGUGCGAUUUACCAGGCAGGACAAGCUAAAGGUUCACAUGCGCAAGCAUACAGGAGAGAAGCCUUACCUGUGUACUCAGUGUGGCGCCGCCUUUGCCCACAACUACGACCUGAAGAAUCACAUGCGUGUGCAUACAGGCUUGCGCCCCUACCAGUGCUCCAGCUGUUUUAAAACCUUUGUGCGCUCAGACCACCUCCACCGUCAUCUCAAGAAGGACGGCUGCAACGGCAUCCCUUCCCGUCGAGGCCGCAAGCCACGCAUACGAGAUUCUGAGCUCCUAGAUGGUCCUUUGGAACUUCAUGGUCCAGACGCAGACAACGAUAUAGGUCGACGACAUCCGGACAGGGGCACAGGAACAUCAGUCAUGGAGGAAAAUCACGGUAGUCACACGCAGAGCCCGGUUGCCGAUGGGGAAGGUAGUAAAGAUUUGACCUCGGGACAAAGGGACUCUGCGACUACGUGAAUCCAUCUUUGUCAGAGAGGGCUUUACUCAAAAAUGAGAGGAAGAAUGAAAAAAAAAAUAAGAAACUUUAAACUACAUGGUCCUCUAAAAAAAACAAAUCAGGGUGUCACAAAUCUAAUCUUCUGGUUUCUUUUUCCUCCUUUUUUUCUGCAUUCCGCAUAGAGACUUAACCACCAAGUUACUGGUCUGUUAGAAGAGCGAAGAGCACUUCAAAUCACUCACCCAUGCUGUCACCAUCUUUCUGGGUCUUUUUGUUGGUGUUUUUGUAACAUAAUGGCAUAGCCAUGCGAGUACGAGAAAAAGCUACUAUGCAGUUUAAACAAGUUCCUCAUCUCUGGGUUGCAUCAACAGGGCCUUGUCUUAAAAAGUAAGGUGUCAAACACCGGGGCUGGCUGCUGCUUCAACAGUUUAGCUAUGAAUGGUCUAAGAUGUGAUCAGGGCAACCAAUAGAUUUCUUUUUCUAAUGCAAUGAGCAAAAUGUACAUACACUCUACAAAAAUUAUAUUGUCUCAGAUUGCAAUAUAUGCAAUAUUCUGAUGCAGCACCUUUUUUCUAAAUGUUCCAGAAAGAAUCGGACAGGGGUUUGAUUUAAAGUGUUACUUUCUCUAUAAAAUAUGUUUGUUUUUUUUUUUAUUAGGUUAUCUUUUCAUGGUUUAACAGGUUACCUUUUUGAGUUGGAUACACAUGGGGAGAUCUCAUUAAUUUGUUUCUGGCAGGGAGAGGGUAAGACAAGGGAUGAGGUCCUGUGUUUCUAAAACACUACCUUCAUCUGAUUGCCAAUAGGCACAAUCAUCAUGUUAAAUCUUACUUCUCACAGGCCUGCUUUUCCUUUUUGGCAGUCUUACUUGCAUUAUAUUCUUUCUUAUUUUGGGAUUGUCUUAAUAUUUUGUCAUUUGAUUUCUUUUUGACCUUUGAGUUGACUAUUUUGGGUACUUGACACUUUACAUUUGUAUACGUGUGUGUGUGUGUAUAUAUUAGGUUGUAAUCUUAUGAGACCCUUUACAAGAGGUAUAUUGCAGAUAGAUAGGGUUACAUUUUUCUUAAGCUUCACUCCAGGUUUCUCACUGCUUUAAGUUUGCAGGGGGGAAUAUGCUGUUUGAUGUUGUAGAGCAUUAUAAUUGAGAAACCCAUUUUGUUUUCCGAAGCUGCACUUAAUGGAACCCAGAAGUUUCUUCCCAAAGUAUCAAUUGUGAUAAAUGUGCUUCGUUUUGAGUCUUUCUGCAAGAGAGUGAAACCGUAUGCAAACGAUUGAGUGAGGGCACCACUGUUAUGCAAAUGGCUAGUGGACAACUUAAGCAGGGAAUCUUUUAUUUGUUUGUUUGUUUCAGCGAAAGAAUGAGAGUUGAGCACCUUUUUUAUGCAUUUGCACAGCUUUACUAAAGAUAUCCAACAGAGAUAGAGAAAUACCUAUUUAAGGAGGCAGUUUGGUUUAGGGAGAUACAAAGUGCUUAUUCAAUUUCUUUGCCCAAGGGACCACAGAAACAAAAACCUGAAACAACCUGAGCGAUAAGGUGAGCAAUAAAUUAAUGUCCAAGUCCAAAUAAGAGCACAGCUGUAGCUGAGUAAGAUGGUGGGUCCAGUUUUUAUUAUUUCAAACGUGAACAUUAUCAAUUAAUGCAAUGUAUAUAGUUAAAAAACUAGAGCAUUUAACACUUUUUUACAAUGCAAGUGAUUGGCCUAAGUUUUGAAAGAAAGUGUCCUAAAUCUGAGACCUUUAUUAUAAAGUAAUAUGUGCUUGUUUUACAUUGGUGAGAGCGGGUGCAGCACCGUCAUAUGGCCACAUCAGAGCAGGAUGAAUCAUUGAGAGGGGCCUAGAGCGUCAGCAGGCACUUUGUGGGCACGUUGAGACGGGCUCCCCCAAAAAUCCAGCAGAGUGGGUUAUUUGGUUGAGUUUAAAUAAGGCAUGUAUAAGGGCAAGACUUGACUAAGGCGGAGUCUUUUAUAGAUUAUGGCAGAUUUGAAAGAAACUUUCCAGAAGCAUGCAUCCUAACAGCAGUUUGUAUACAAUGAGAUCCACUUGAAAGAUAUAGCAAGGAUGUCUGUGGUUACAGCCAUGGAUGCACAGUUUUGUUCUGGUGUGAAUUAGAGGAUAUAAUUUUGUGGCAUCAUUCCUUCUGCAGUGCUGUAUCAUGUUUAUCUGCCUUUUGCACCUUAAUAAGAAAGAAGCAAGAUUUGAAUGCACUUUGUUACUGAGAAGGGCACUUUUUAGUCAAAAGAAACGGGUACUUGCAAACAAAAGAG